UCCUUCAGACUUUUAAAACAAGUCAGGCCACACCCCAGUAACUUCCUCUCAGACUUCUGCAAGGCGGGGGGCCUUCAGGUCCCCACACUACACCUUUUCAGAUGAUAAUCCUUUUUAAGUAUAUAACUAGAAACUGUUACAUUAUUACAAAAUUCAUGUGUAUGAUGCUUUAAAGUCAAUAAAUAUCCUAUGAGAAAUAUCCUACCAAAUCAUUCAUCUAAUCUACUGUACAUUUUACGCCUGGGCCUCUUUAGUGUGAGGAAAUACCACUGCUCACUCGAAGGAAAGAUGUUAUCUUAGACUCCUGUGGAAAACAUCUUCAGGAUGGUUGAAUGCUUCUUUAAUUAAAACCUUACAAUAGAAUGGCCCUGAAUUUACUGUAACUAUAAUUCUAUUUAUCACUCUGAUCUCACAUACUGAAAGAAAAAUCUGGAAUAUGUUCCUGCUGAUAUUUGAUUACUGAGCUCUUCUCACAGAGGCUAUCUAUCCUGGUAUGACAUUAAAAUAUGUAUGAGAUGCACAGUACAGUGUGAUUCAAAGACAAACCUAAAAUUCUACCAUGUUGCUUGGGAAGGGAUUGUUCAGUGUUCUACUGUUUUGAAUUUUUUAUCUUCUCUGUUUCAGGUGGGGACAGAGCUGAUCACUAAUUUAAAAAACUGUCUUCUCUCAGGCCACACACAUAAAGAACUGCAUAAGAAUAAAAUCAGCAGCCAGCGUCCCCACAGAGAUCACUAUGUUCCACAAACACUUCCAGGUUGGGUACAUAGACUGCAUCUUCACACCUAGUGUCUCCAUGACACAGGAACAACUGUCCAUGUGUUCUACAUGAGGUGACUGGAGCUCAGAGUGCUCAAGGUCACACAGAAUAAAUGGGAGAUUGUGGAAUUUGAAGCAGUCUGGAUUAAGAGUUCAUGCUUAUCAGCACAUCUUGCAGAACCCUAUUAAGAGCAUGAGGUCUGCAACAGAGGAAGAGACUAGAGAGAGCACUGAAGCACAAUGACUCUGGGCAUAUCUAAUCCUGGGCUCUCUGUCCUGGGGAAGUUCUCAUCUCUUUUGUGCAAUCUUUCCCACUGAACUUGAUCAAAUAUCGUAGAGCUAUUAUAUACCUAGAAUCAAGGUGAUGCCGAUGAAAACCACGUGAGAUGCUGCUUUUCUCUGAGGAAAAUUCAAACAUGGAGCAAUAGGAAAAUAAACAUUUUAAUGACACUUGGCACCUUUUAAUGUAGAAGAAAGUUUACACAUUGAAAGUCUUGCAGUGGGGCACAUAAUCCAGCCAUGACUAAGAAGUAUUAGAUCAACAGAGAAAGAGGGGAUGGCUUCUGGAUGACCUGAGGUGGGGCUGAGUGUUUAAAUGGAGCAAGGGUGAGUUGGGAUGCAUCAACGUGUUCUCAUGAAGGACACAAUGUUAUCUGAGACUGAGGAACAAGGUUGUACUUGUGAUGAGUUUUCUUGUUCUCUUCAGACAGCUACUAUUUGCUUUUUUCACCCGUAAAAUGAAUAAAGUCAACAAACACAACAUUGGCAUCAGAAACACCAUAUAUUCUGAAGCUGGAAUUGGGAUCUCAGCCAACAGCAUCCUUCUUCUCUUCCACAUCCUCAUGCCCAUUCGUGGGCAGAGGCCCAGACUCACUGACCUGCCCAUUGGGCUCUUGGCUUUAAUCCACCUGCUGAUGCUGAUAGUCAUGGGACUCAUAGCUACAGACAUUUUUCUACCUUGGCAGAGAUGGGAUGACAUCACGUGUAAAUUCAUUAUGUUCUUGUACAGAUUUUUUAGGAGUCUCUCGCUGUGUACCACUAGCCUGAUCAGCAUUCUCCAGGCCAUCACCCUCAGCCCCAGAACCUCCUGUUUAGCAAAGUUCAAACGUAAAUCUUUACAUCUCAUCCUAUGUUCCCUUCUUUGCAUGAGUGUAUUCUAUACAUCCAUUAGCAGUGUCCUCUUAAAACAUAUCAUUGCAACCCCUAAUUCCACCUCACCCAAUCUCACAUAUGUCACUGAAUCUUGCUCUCUUUUACCCAUAAGUCACUCUGUUGGGCAUGCAUUUUUCACACUGCUAACCAUCAGGGAUGCCAUCCUUACAGGAUUCAUGGCCCUGUCGAGUGCAUACAUGGUGACUUUCUUAUACAGACAUAAAAAGCAGUCCCAGUUUCUUCAUGGCACCAGCCUCUCCCCAAUAGCAUCCCCAGAGCAAAGAGCCACCUGCUUCAUUCUGCUUCUCAUGAGUUUCUUUGUGCUGAUGUCCACUUUUGACAGCAUUGUCUCCUACUUGAGACAUACAAAUGACAAUCCAAUAUUGUAUUGUGUCCAGAUUUUUGCAGCUCAUAGCUAUGCCACAGUGAGUCCUUUGUUGAUCCUCAGUACUGAAAAACGUAUAAUUAACAUUGUGAAAUCCAUGAUUUGUAGGACGGUAAACAUCUGACUAUUUGGUGAUGGAUAAGUUCUCUUAAAAGUAGUCAGUGUUCUGGUGUCAGAGCUGUGACUUUUGAUGCAGUGUAUAUGUUCUGUGUUGCAAAUUAAAAUAUAAGGGUGUGGGGUUUGUGAAACCUAUUUAUUUCUAUAUGUAUGGAUGGCUUACAUAGAAACACCCACGUGCCAGAAUAUAUAAGGGUUUCACAUUUCCCAGUGUGUCUUCAAGGGAGACAUGGGAUGUGACUCUAGCUGCCAUGGUGUGUGUUAACACCCACCCCCACUGCAGUGUAUUUUCAAGGGAGAUAUGGGAGGUGGCUCUCAAUGUCAUGGCCUGUGUUACCCACACUACUGUUGAAUAUGUGACAACUUAUAAUACUCUUCAACAAUUCAGUUCCCUCACUUAUCUCUACUUUGCCAGACUAGAUAUGUAAACACUUAUAAAUAUCACAUGAGGAGAAAAUAAACUUGGUCAUCUGCUCAAUGAUGCCUGUAAUAACAGGAGUCACAACAGUGAAAGUUAAACCACAAAAUGUCUAGAACCAUAAGAAUGUAUAAACAAUGUGCAACCUCUACAUACAGUGGACUAUUAUUCAGUCUUAAAGCAGAAGAAAAUUCUGGCACAUGGUACAAUGUAGAUGAUCCCUGAAGCUACCACGCUAACUGAAAUAAGCAUGUUACACAGAAUAAACACUGUAUGAACCUACUUACAGUAGUUAAAACAAUCUGACAGAAACACAACAGAAUGCCAUCUAAAACCAAGAAGGAAAAAACAGGGCAUGCUUGCUUGGUGGAGGCAGAGCUGUGUUCCGGAUGAAAAAGUGCUGCACGUACACAUGCUUAUGGGGUACAAAAAUGUGAAUUUGAUGUGAAUUUCCCAUUUUAAGAACUCAGCUGUGUGCUCAAAAUGGGAAAUGGGGGCCUGGAGAGCUGGCUCAGCGGUUAAGAGCACUGACUGCUCUUGCAGAGGACACGGAUUUGA